UCUUUACUCCAUGCGUGCUGCUGGACUUUCUCCAUGGUCGAUACCACGCAUAGUGAUAGCCACACCGAGAUCAUUAGUUUUAUUGAAAUCGGGCCAUUGCAUCUUUCGACUUCAGUACAGAAACUGCCAAGUGUUUACUUUGAACUACGCACGCACAAUUUCACACUGCUCAAAUAAAAAGUUAAAAUGGCUGAAAUGUGUCUGAAGAGUAGGGUUAUCCUGCGAACUCCAAUUGGACUAGUAAGAGUGACAGCAUGCAAGACAGGUGUUCAUGACAUCAGCUUAACUGCAGCUUCAGAAAUACCUGGAGAAAAAGUUGCUGUAGCAGUCACAGAGGCACCAGACCAUUGGCUAAGCCCUUUGAAGCAGUGUGUUGAUUGGUUGACCCUGUAUUUUAAGGAUGCCAAAGCAGCCUAUCAGAAACCACUUCCACCCUUCCACCGCCCAAAUGCAAAAGCAGAUUCUUUCACCUACAAAGUUUGGGAGACUCUGACAAACCAAGUCCCUUGUGGGGAGACUGUCUCCUAUGGUCAACUGGCAGCUAUGGCAGGGAACAGUAAGGCAUGCCGUGCAGUAGGUGGUGCCAUGCGGGCCAACCAAAUACCAAUCCUCAUGCCUUGCCAUCGCGUGACUAGAAGUGAUGGAGCACUGGGAAACUACAUGUCAGGAAAGGGAGACAGUCUUAAGAAGUGGUUGCUGGAGCAUGAGGGGGCUAUUGUUAACUAAGUAUUAGUUCACCGAGCUAUGAUGUCAAUGGAUCCUUGGAGAGAUUUUUAUAUAAGCUACAGAAUUUUGAAAAAAAUACAUGUAUUCACUAUAAUCUUUGAAGUCUGAUUAGCAGUAAGCACUGAACCUUUAUUCCAAGAAUGCCAUCGCUUUUAUUCCAUUCUUUGAAAACUUAGUACAUUGUACUUAUAAUUGCUUCAAGCAGCUUUGACUCAGGAAAUUCCAAUGUAGACUUCAGUGUAAGGUUGCCAUCAAUACCUAGCUUAUAAAACUUUGUGUAAGGAGUGAAAAGUAUGCCAAUUAGAUCUUGACUUCUUAGUGAUUGCAAGAUUUGUCCAUUUAUCUAAAUGUUGAAUUGCCUUGUAGAAAUCGAGUGAUACUGCCAUUUUAAAUAAAGGCUUUCCCAUGACAGCUCAUUUCAAAUAAAGACUCCUGAAAUACCGUUGCAACUACCUUA